CGUCGCAUCAUCACCAAGGCAUUCCACAAAAAAAAUUAAAAAAUCAGCAGACAAUCCAACGCAGUCCAAUCCGAGGAGACCGACCGAUCGAGCUCGGAGGUCAGCAGCGAGCGAGAAUGGAGGGCAGGAUGUUCGGGCUGGAGACCCCGCUGAUGGCGGCGCUGCAGCACCUGCUGGACAUUCCCGACGGCGAGGCCGGCGGGCCCGGCAACGCCGCCGGCGAGAAGCAGGGCCCGACGCCGACGCGUGCCUACGUCCGAGACGCGCGCGCCAUGGCGGCCACCCCGGCCGACGUGAAGGAGCUGCCGGGCGCGUACGCGUUCGUGGUGGACAUGCCGGGGCUGGGGUCCGGCGACAUCAAGGUGCAGGUGGAGGACGAGCGGGUGCUAGUGAUCAGCGGCGAGCGGCGGAGGGAGGAGAAGGAGGACGCCAGGUACCUGCGGAUGGAGCGCCGCAUGGGCAAGCUGAUGCGCAAGUUCGUGCUCCCCGACAACGCCGACAUGGAGAAGGUCUCCGCCGUUUGCCGCGACGGCGUGCUCACCGUCUCCGUGCAGAAGCUGCCGCCGCCAGAGCCCAAGAAGCCCAAGACCAUCCAGGUCCAGGUCGCCUGAGAGAUGCAUGGAUGGGACGACCGAACCAGAGAGUGGUCCUUUGCCUGCACGCCGGAUCGAAGCUGCUGAGUGGGUAGUGAACUAGUGAUCGAUGCUUAGGGAGUGAGUUUCCUGAGAUGCGUGAUGUGUCUUGUGUUUUCUAUCUCUGCUCGUAUGGUGUUCGAGAGUGUUGUGUGACUAGUUUUCGAUUUCAGUGCACAAUUUCAAUGAAAUUUCUGAAAUGUCA